AUGGCUGAAAUACAAACUCUAAUGGAAAUGGGGUUCCCCAAGGAAAAAGCUGAAAAGGCGCUGGCCGUUACAAAUUACAAAGGAGUGGAGCCGGCUAUGGAAUGGCUUUUAGCUCAUGCGGAGGAGAUGGAUGCCGGUACUGGGCAUACAGUGGGUGGUGCGGCGGCAUCUGCUGAAAUUACAAUUCCUACCCCUUCUACCGCUACCGAAACUGUUCCAGCUAGUUCUUCCGAGACGACUUCAACUGCUGAUGCUGAAGUUGAAGCAAAGUCUUUUAAAUGCGAAGACUGUGGAAAGUUAUUCAAAAAUCAAGAUGAAAUGGAAUUUCAUGCAGCUAAAACGAAUCAUAGCAAUUUCUCUGAAUCUACAGAAGAAAAGAAGCCAUUGACUGAAGAGGAAAAAAAAGCACAAUUAGCACUAUUAGAAGACAGAAUGAAGCAAAAGCGAAAAGAAAGAGAGGAGAGAGAAAAGGCUGAAGCUUUAGAGCGAGAAAGGUUAAGAAUCAAAUCUGGAAAAGACCUCCAAGAAGCUAAGUUAAGGCUUCAAGAGCAAGAGAUGCAAAAGCUGGUAGAACAGAGAAGGCGAGAAAAAAUGGAGGACCAGAAGGCUAGAGAUAGAGUCAGAGCACAAAUAGAAGCUGAUAAGCAAGCAAGGAAGUUAGCUGCAUCAGGGCAAACGGCACCUGCGCCAGUGCCAGCCCCUCCGCAAGUUAUUUCCACUCCAGGCUCCAAAGUGGCCUAUGACCAGGCCAGGAUACAGCUUCGACUACCCGAUGGCCAGUCUCUGACACAAACAUUUGGUGCCAAGGAACAGUUGGCUGCUGUUAGGGUAUUUUUACAAAUGAAUAAACCAGAAUAUUCAGAGGAGGAUCACUUUAAAUUCAUGACCACAUUCCCAAAGAAGAUAUUUACUUCAGAUGACUAUGAAAAACCAUUGGAUCUAUUAGGUUUGGUGCCAUCAGCGGUAAUAAUAGUAUCUAAAGGUCAGAAUUAA